UGUCAAAUCAAACGUUCAAAAAGUAAGCGUUCGAUUUAUAGAAAAUCAUUGUGGCUUGUGACUGGUGCGAUCGAUUGUUUAGAUCUGAAUGAAAACUAUAAUUUAUGAAGAUUAAGUACUAGUGUAAUAUAAUAAAUAUGGAAUAACGCCCUUCUCACAAAAUGGAACCAUCAAGAGAAGCGUGUGAGUUGCCGACAGAAAUGGCAAAGUUAGAUAUUAUGGAGGUAGACGAGGCUAGCUCGCGGGAAACUCAAGUAUCUGCGGCACGUGUGCUGCGUAAGAGAAAAUCGCUUACUCCAGAACUAAGCAAGCCGUCUAACAGACGCGUGAGUAUGAGGCCACGCAAACACCACAUAAUGACAGAGAAUGCAAACCCCAAACAAAUUGAGGCCCUUUAUCUUAACAAAAAAGUGAAAACAUUAUCACAAACAUUAGAAACAAUAUACGAGGAUCCAAAACCAAAUAAUGAGACUGAAACUUUUAUUGGAGGAAGAAAGGUGAAAAGACUGCUAACAUUCCAGCUUGGGAACCAGUAUACCAAGGAUAAAAUAAAGAAGCGCAGAGCUAAAAUCAAAAAGUUCUUGGGAAACAGAGCAUUUUUAAACAGGAAGAAGAUACCAAUGAAAGUAUUUUUAGAGACUAUUAAUAGCUUGGAGUUAGAUGAAGUACAAACAGAAUCAAUGAUUACUCAUAAAACUACAGAUAAGGUGUAAUUAGGCAGGUUCACACAGAACAAGCCGCCUAGAGAGGAAAUUACUGUGUGAAGCAGCUUGGUCAGCCUCAAUGCCACGGGCAAGGCACAUCUCCUCUGACCAAGAUGAUUCAUGCAGCAAUUUCCUUGCAAGGCUGCUUGCUCUGUCAUGUGGCUAUUAAUUAAUAAUUAUGUUACCUAUGGUAUCAUCCCAAUAUCCCAUCAAUCUAUUCUUAAUGUGAAAGUUCAACAUUGUAAUUCAAGAAUUUGCCAUUAAAUGUGUUAUGAAGACUA